CGUCGGACGUCUCCCCCAUCGCUUUGCAUGUCCCUCAACUUCCCUCCUCUCGCGCCAUAGCACUUCUCCCGUGCAUAGCUCACGGCGGCGACUCGGGGAUCUCGCCGUCCCGUCGUCCUGCCUGUCCAUGCCCUGGAGAGUUGGCCGGGAUUUCAGGCAUCUGUCUCAAGCCGCACACAUCUUCCUCGAGAGAAGUCGUGCCCUCGUACUUCCCCUAUGCGUGAUCGCGAAACCCAUCCACUCCGCUCGUGGCGUUCUAUGGCCGCCAGCUGUAGCUCCCAAACUGAAACACUCCCAUGCGUCCAUCAUCGAACCCACGAAUGUCCUUCCAGAGGACUUGGCACAACGGCAUGUACAACAGAAGACUUUGGAGUCGGUCCUUCGUCUAGACAAGCCGAAGGAGGGAGGUACCGACGGAAACGAGUUGAUAUCCCUCGCGCCGCCUUCAGAUGUUCUAUCAACUAUCGGCCAGCUCUUCGUCCAAUAUCCUUCCCGUUGUACCGUAACCGACCUUCGAAAGUCUCAAGGUACAUUCGACCUUGUGAUGUACCUCCGACACCCCCGUGCGUUCGCCAUAUCUCUGUACCUCCUCGAGCAGGGGCUUGCCGAUCGAGCCCUUUGGGUCUUGGAACUCGCCACACAGAUCGGUGCCAGUUGUCCACCGAGGAGCUGGCAGUAUCUAACGGCGAAGUUCGCGGAGCAAGAGGAAUGGAGAGGUGUCCGCAGGAUUGUGAAACUGGCAAGGCAGCGGCUCGGUUAUACGACCGUCAAGCUCCUCAAUUGGAGAUUGCGAGCGUGGAUGGAGAACCAGCGGUACGUCCCGGUGGAGGACGUUCUGGCGAUGUUCGAGACGGAGCGCGUCAAUCCAUCUCGGUUGACGUAUCACCUUCUCGUAGCAAUGCACCUCCGCAAUUGCGACUUAGCGGCCGCCCUCACCGGUCUACGGGCCAUGGAGUCCGCUGGGUUUCCUGUGACAGCGAAGACCUGUGCCAUACUCGUGCUCGGGUACCGUUCGUUUGGACUCACCGCUUCCAUCAAAGCGCGAGCACUCGCUGCCAUAGGCACAGGAGACGAGGUGGUCUCGGCUGUGAUUCUCAACGGUCUCGUCCAGCUUUUGCUAGAUGCCGAAGACUCCUCCGGUGUUGCCGAAGUUCUCUCCUCAGUAUCGCAGCCUUCUGGAGACCGUCCAUACGACCUUGGGGCAAGUUCCAUCCAGGACGACGACGAGAGAGUUGGGUCAUCCACACCUUCGGCAGCUUCCCGGCCAUCCUCCCUCCGGUCGACUCAGGCGGCUUCGCAAAGGAACCUCAUCAGUGUCUCCACCUACAACAUCUUACUCGACCACCUCUCCCGCCAAGGUGACCUCACAAGGGCUAUGCAUGUUGUCCAACAAAUGCGUGUUGCCCAAGUGUCGCCUGAUAGCAAGACAGCCGCUGCACUGGUACGCUUAUACUCCACCGCAGGCUUCCACAACGACGCUCUUCACGUGGUUGCUAGUGCCCUUGGAGGUGCCUCCGAUGCCCUCGAUCUCCUCACGUCCUUGGGGUUUGUGGCGUCCACUGUGCCGGAAUUUCCUAUACCUCCUCCUAUCCCACCAACUAUCCACCUAUUGAACGCCUUGCUACGCAGUCUCAAGAAGACACUGCAAGUACGCGAACUUAGUGUGGUGCUUGACAUCAUGCGUAUCAUGAAGGUCAAUCCCAAUGCUGCCACGAUCACCAUCGUUCUCUCCGGCUUGCAGGGACGCGCACGGCCUGGGGAGUUGAUCAAGAUUGUACGGCUUUUGAAAUCCAGAGGUGUGGUGCCAGCACGGGGUCAUCUACACGUCCUCCUUCAGACGCUGCUGUCGCGAGAACAGGCCGUGGCUCGUCCGCGGGGUUGGUCGCAGCUUCGAUCAUUGACGUCGUCCAGCUCCCAGGAUACUCCCGCCUCGUCACCCAGACAGACAGAAGCGGACGUCGCCGGCGUCGGCUGCGAGCCUACCGCUGGCAUCACCUUCUCCCAUUUUCGCAGGGGCAACAACCUCCUUCGCCCAAUCGUGCAAUCACUAUCCGCACGCAAUGUGCGAAACGACCGUGUCACGUUUGCUUUGCGCAUCAAGCACUUCGCGCUCGUCAAACGCGACCUCGUAGCAGCCCACGAGCAGUUCCGCCUGAUGGUCAGGUCCGGCUUUCGCCCAAACCGAUACCAUUACGGCGCGCUAAUGCAAGGCUACGCCGCGGCGGGGAACUUGAAGGGUGCGACAAAGGUUAUGCGCGCUGCGGCUGAUGCCGGCCUACUCCCAGACGUGAAGAUGUAUACCAUCAUCAUCGCCGGGUAUGCGGGUCUGGCUCGGCCGAAGGAGGCGAUGAGGGCGUUCCGUAGCAUGGUUGCCGAGGGCAUUACCCCCGACGUGCCGGCAAUCGACGCGCUCGUCAGUGCGUUCUUCCGCAAGAGAGAGUACGGUACGGCAAGACGCGUCCUCCUCCGGCUGUGGACGCAGGUGGCCCCCUUCCCGGACGCGCUCGCUGAAGCUCCGCUCAAAGAGCUUGCGCGCGCUUUCCGUGCGCUUCACGCAGGGAAUGCGAACAGACCGGAGAGAUUGACGAGGAGGCAGCGGCACGAGGUUCGUCGGAUGUUCCGAGACUUGUCGCAGUGGGGCAAGACAGGGCCAAGGAGUGAGGCGGUGGAGGAGAGUGCACGGCAUGUCCAUAAUGUGUCCACGAGUUAGCACCAGUAUGAUGAUCCCAAGGGGGUAUAAUCUCCAUGUACAUCGCCGCG